UGAUGAGGAGAUACAGUCCGCCUUAUUACAGUCCUCCGAGGAGAGGGUAUGGUGGUCGGGGAAGAAGCCCUCCUCCUCCUCCUCCUCGACGUGGAUAUGGUGGACGUAAGGGAUCCAGUCAUGGAAGUCUCUUGGUUCGAAACAUUCCUCUCGAUUGCAGACCAGAGGAGCUUCGUGCGCCAUUUGAGAGGUUUGGACCCGUGAGGGAUGUCUAUAUCCCGAGAGACUAUUACUCAGGGGAACCGCGUGGGUUUGCUUUUGUGGAGUUUGUCGAUGCAUAUGAUGCUGGGGAGGCUCAGAGAAGCAUGAACAGGAGAAUCUUUGCUGGGAGAGAGAUAACUGUCGUUGUUGCUUCAGAGUCCAGGAAAAGGCCUGAGGAGAUGCGUGUCAAGACUAGGACUCGUAGUAGGGAACCUUCAGGCUCUAGAGGUCGUUCUCAUGGACGGUCUCGUUCACGAUCUAUCUCUCGAUCUCGCUCUCCACGUCGUCCAUCAGACUCUAGAACCAGAUACCGGUCAAGGUCUUACUCUCCUGCACCUAGACGAAGAGCAGACUAUUCAGCAUCUCCAAGGAGAAGGCAAGAGGAACGUCCACGAUCACCACCAAGAGCUCCUCCUCGAGGAGACGAAGAUGGAAAAUACAGUCGCAGGUCCUAUUCCCCUGGCUAUGUAGGUGAUACUGCUGCAGACCGGGACAGAAAUGGAGAGAACGAGAUUAGAGAAAAACCGGGAUAUGAACCAGAGGAAAGGCGUCGUGGUGGAAGAGCUGUUUCAAGGUCGCCAUCAGGAUCCAGGUCCAGAUCUGUGGAGGCGUCUCCAAGA